AUGCCAUCUUUGAAAUUAUCUUUGGGCCCGCCAGCAUUGGUGCGGCUGCACGACAUUUUGAUAUGUCUGUCCAAGUUCAGCGACACCGUUGCCAUUGAGGCCGAGCAUGAUCUGCUCCGCUUAAGUGCGCUCAACUCGACCAAGACUGCGUUCGCCUCUUUUGUUUGUGAAAAGGAAUUGUUCUUUGAGGCUUACUCGUUCGAUGCCCGGAAGGCCAUUCGGUCUCCAAGCAGUACUACUGCAGGAGAUCGAUUUUACUGUCAAAUUCUACUUAAGGCGCUCUUGUCUGUUUUCCGAGGAAGAGUGGACCGGAACAAGGACGCCGCCGUGGAGCGCUGUGAUAUGGAGCUUCACGAAGAUCCGCAAGAGACAGAAUGCAGAUUGACUAUCAAGAUGAUCUGUGGACUUGGCGUGAUCAAAUCUUAUAAGCUCACCUACGAACCGGCGUCAAUCCAGCAUGCCGUGUUCGAUAGAAGCAGGGCCACGAACCAAUGGACGGCAGAUCCACGAUUCCUGAAGCAAAUUAUUGAACACUUCAGCUUAUCUGCCGAGCAGCUGGAUAUCUAUUCCGACUCGGGCAAGGCAGUGUUCACGAGUUUUACGACGAAGAUUACGGAUGGAAAAGAGGUCCUUAAAUGCCCCGUGCACACGUCCGUGGCUGCCGACAAGCGAGAUUUCGAGGAGAUCCAAAUCGAAGACAACAUGCACAUUGCAAUCAAUUUGAAGGAUUUCAAGGCCGUCGUUGCUCACGCUGAGACCACCAAUGCAACCGUCACGGCACGAUAUACACAGCCCUGCAAACCACUGCAGCUGGCAUACGACUUCGACGGUGUCAAUGCCGAGUUCACGAUCAUGACACGGGGUGAGGUGGAAGGCGAGACGGCACCGGCUUCAUCUCGAGCCGGAAUGCCACAGCUUUCGCAGCGUCAGACACCCGCGCUCAUCUCUUUGAACAGGGCCCAGACUCCUCGCGGUGUCACACAAAGUACACAGAUGCCCCCGCCCCCGCCCCCAGCGCGGGGCCGGUCUGUUCGUCCCUUGAAUGGAUCGUCGACUUCGACACAGGAUCGUCUUGCUCCCACUGCAGUAUCAGAUCGGCCUUCUGCAUCGUCGCUCUCGACGGACUUUGAUAGUCUAUUUGUGCCGGCUGAUGAUGAUCGUCAAUGGGAUGAGAUGGAUGAGCAGGAAGAGCCGCAGGAUAUUCUUGGGUGGGAUGCAUCGGGUAGACAGGAUAACUCUGAGCCGACCCUUCAAGAAGCGGAGCCUGAUUUCCCUAAGUUGGCUGAUACGCGUCGUCGGCCUCCAAAUGAUGAUAUGGGCGUUCCGCCGACACAGCGCAUGUCCCAGGUUCGAGGUCUUGGUCUCUUCGAUUGA